AUGCCGCUGAAUUCACAUGUCUCGACGGAUGUCUUUCUGCAUAUCCCGCCAUCAUUGAACAGAGACCAGCUUAUUUCAUCACAAUUCCCAGCUGGAGAUGGCGGCUCCAGCUUCUCGUCCGGAGAGGGAAGGAAAAAUCCUGUACAGCAACACAGGAAGAGGCAGAGGAGGAAAGUAACGGUAUUGUUUUUUAUUCCCGGAAAUCCGGGACUCAUUGGCUAUUACCACCCUUUCCUUUCGUUGCUCGUGCAGGGUAUGAAUGACAGGAAAAGGGAAGUGGUGGUCGCUGGGUUCAGCCUUGGUGGGUUUGAUGUUGAUGUUGAGUCUCAAAUAGGCGGGAAGAAUGAGGUGACGAGCCAUGAGGAGGAGUCUAGGAAGUGUGAAAUGAAGAACUUGCUCUAUCCUCUUCUGUAUUCUUCUCCCCAUCCUCAACCUCGAGGCGGGCCUUCUGGACAUGCGGAAGGGAAGACAGACGAAGCCAAUGACGAUAGCAGCAGCAAUCAGGGAAAGCUCUACACACUCCGCGAGCAAAUUGAUUUGAGUUAUGCACGAGUCAAAAAUUUACUUCGUCGUCUCUGGAAGGAGCAAUGUUCUAUCGGGCUAGAGGAAGAGCAGGAUGGAGAACCAUUCAAAGUCAUUCUCAUGGGCCACAGUGUUGGCACGUACAUUGCACUCGAACUCGUCCGGCUAUGGCAUGAGCGACACUCUGAUCCUCCUGCUCUUCACACCUCUCCACCUCUCGCAUCACCUUACCUCCAAACAGGAAGCAAUAUCUGGAUUAUUUCCUGCUGCGUUCUCCUCGCACCGACGUUGGUCGACAUCCACUUGUCCCCCUCCGGCCGACUCGCGACACCCCUUCUGACAUCCAUUCCACUGCUGUCCGCUUCCCUGCCCCGCCUCGCACAUGCUCUAUUGCACUCCGCCCUGGUCAAGGCCCUCCCGUCGCACUGGUUCACCUGGCUUAUCCGAAAAGUCACGGGUAUGCAGCCGGGUACUCACGGAUUUGAGAUCACCGUGGCAUUCCUACACAGUAAACGGGGUGUCAAGCAGGCGCUAUUCAUGGCUGGCAUGGAAAUGAUGGAGAUCCGCGCUGACCGUUGGGGUGACGAGAUCUGGGGCGCCAGCACUACCAUUGAAGCUUCAGAUGCGGACAGGUUUAGAGAGCGUGGAGCCAGAAGUCCGAGUUUAUACCUCUUGUUUGCCAGACGGGAUCACUGGAUCGCAGAAGCCACCCGAGAAGAGAUCAUUCAGAAGAGAGGCCGUGGGCCGGUAGAGGGUGUUGACAGUGUAAAGGCUAGGGCGGGAACUGAGAGUGUGCCACCCCGUCAGAGGAACAUUGAGAAAGGAAGACCGACCACACCGACGAUUCGAAUGGCCGUUAUGGACGGCCUGGUGCAUGCUUGGUGUCUGGCUCAGAAUGAAAUUGUGGCUCAACAGGUGAGGGGAUGGCUGGAGGAAGUCUUGGGUCAAGAUAGUUGA